CUUCGUCACUUUGGUCUGAAAUCUAUUCAAUUUAUGGAUAUCUGAAAAUUAUUACAGAAUUUUGAUAAGUUGCAAUUUUUCUCAUUUCAAAAACAUCGAACACGCCACAUCGAUGUUUAAAAGCAGCGACUUCAAAAAGGCUAAAACACACGGAUGGUUUAUAAAAAAACAUUUAUGCUUUGAAAGCGUCCACAGCGAUGACGCAUCCCCGGCUACGAGCACGCCCCACGCGGCCCUUGCCCACACUUUGCUCACCCCUCGCUGCCCGAGGAAUGCGUGAGAUAUGAGUCGGACCAGUUUUUUAAUAGCAACGCUCCUCCAGCCACUGCGUUACACACGUAUCUGGUGGCAUCCUCCAGCCCGGGCUGCGGUGGUAGUGGGUGCCAGCUGGUCGACCCGUCGGUCACCGACGAGUCGACUGCAUUGCUGGGUGCUGUGUACGGCGUUCGCUGCCGCGUAGGAAUGUUGAAAUGCAAGCGUCGAAACGUCCCGGAAACAAGUUUCCCUUCUCUCGGCCGCUCGCGGCCGCAAGUCGACGCCUGCGGUGCGGUGUGGCGUGGUGUCCGUGGUGACUUCAGAACCGCCGCGCCCACCGUCGCGAACGCGCAGUUUGUGUAGGUGGGGACGUGGAUUCGUGCGAGUGAACGCGCGGUUCGUCCGGGUGCGGCGAUUAGUGGGCUCCUCGAAAUACGCGAGUGAGUUGAAGUGCGCACAAGUGAAAGCUGAAAUCUGUGACGAUGAGUUCGUAUUCCAAAAAGUUUUGUUACUGUGAUGUGAAGGUGGCCGCACUCUGUGUGGCCAUUUACAAAGUGUUAUUUACUCUUGCAAGUUUGAUAGCAUCUGCAGUUGGAGCAUAUGUUUACAGCGAUAGAAUAGCAAGGACAUCAGAGACCACGUAUUCUUUGUUUGUUUUUCAUUUUCGUGUUUACAACAGUUUAGACUUA